AGGCUCGCUUGCGACGGGUUCACAGCAGAGCGAGGAAAGACGCACCUGUGUUUCCCCAUCUCCAACCAAGAAUUACAAAGAAACGAUGUGGAAAAGGUAUCUCCCCUCUCUCCCCUCUCUCAGAGUCUCAUCCUUCUCCUAUUAUUCUUCUUCAUCAGCACCUGAAAGUAAAAUCCCAAUCCUUUAUUCAUUCCUCCAACCAUCAAUCUUCACUAUGAAAACCCAACCACAAUCCCCUCUCCAAGACCCCAUCAAAACUCCACCAAAAUCCUCUCUAGAAAACCCCACUAAAGCCUCACCAUCACAAGAAAUCUCCAACCUUGAAUCCUCCCUCCAAACUUCACUCUCCAUCAACAACACUGACCAGGCCUGGAAAUACUUCAAACACCUCACAUCCCACCUUUCCUCUUCUUCUCCUCCUCCCUUCUUCCCUUCCCCCCACCUCUUCAACUCUCUAAUCUCUCACCUCUCCUCCCAAAAAGACCUCCUCAAUCUCAAAAGGGCCUUCGCAUCGACCGUAUUCCUCUUAGAAAAACACCCACAAUGCCUUUCAAUGCAAACCAUACAGACCGUCCUCCAAUCCAUGCAAUCUGCCAACACGCCCGCCCCUGCAUUUGCCCUCCUCAAAUCCUUGUUCAAGAACAGAAUCUUCCCGCCUUUCUCCCUCUGGGGGUGUAUACUGAUCGAAAUCAGUAGGAAGAAUCGUGAUUUCUUCCCUGCAUUUUUGCGAUUGUUCGAUUUGAGUUGUAAGAUCUCAUUGGAUGAGAAGUUGGAUUUCAUGAAGCCGGACUUGGCCGCUUGCAAUGCAGCUUUGGAGGGGUGUUGUAUUGAUCUUGGGUCUGUUUCUGAUGCUGAGAAAGUGGUAGAAACAAUGUCAGUUUUGGGUAUUAAGCCUGAUGUCAUGAGUUUUGGGUUUCUUGCUUAUUUAUAUGCUUUUAAGGGCCUUGAGGAGAAGGUUGUUGAAUUGGAAAUUUUGAUGGGCGCAUUUGGAUUUCCAUCGAAGAAGCUCUUUUACGGUAAUUUGAUUCAUGGGUAUGUGAAAUCUGGGGAUUUAGGAUCGGUUUCUGCAGUUAUUUUACGUGCAUUGCGCGAACGGACUGAUAAAGAUUCGGUUUUGAAUGAAGAAUGUUAUGGUGAGGUUGUGAAGGGUUUUUUUGGGAGUGGAAGAAUUAAGGAUUUAGCGAAGUUGAUCAUUGAUGGGCAGGAGUUGGAGUCUUCACAGUCGUCGAAUUCGGCCGAAAGUACGGUUGGGUUUGGGAUUGUUAAUGCAUGCAUCGAUCUUGGCUUGUUGGAUAAGGCACAUUGUAUUCUUGAUGAGAUGAGUGCACAGGGAGGUGCAGUUGGUAUCGGUGUCUAUUCCUCAAUCUUGAAGGCAUACUGUAAAGAGCGUAGGACAGCUGAAGCUGCCCAAUUGGUUAUGGAGGUCAAUGGUUCUGGACUUCGGCUGGAUGCGGGCAGCUAUGAUGCGUUGAUAGAUGCUUCAAUGUCUAGCCAAGAUUUUCAAUCAGCAUUUUCGCUGUUUAGGGAGAUGAGAGAAGCGAGGAUACCCGAUUUGAAGAUGAGUUACCUAACCAUAAUGACGGGUUUGACAGAGAAUCAUCGACCUGAGCUAAUGGCUGCUUUCUUAGAUGAGAUAGUUGAUGACCCACGUGUUGAAAUUGGGACUCAUGAUUGGAAUUCGAUCAUACAUGCCUUUUGUAAGCUCGGGCGGUUGGAGGAUGCGAGGCGAACAUUCCGGCGGAUGGUUUUUCUACGGUUCCAACCAAAUGAGCAGACGUAUCUCUCCCUUAUCAAUGGCUAUGUGACUGCCGGGAGUUACUUCAGUGUAUUGAUUCUAUGGACGGAGGUGAGGAAACGGAUGUCAGUCGAUGGAGGUAAGGGGAUCAAGUUCGAUCAUAACCUGGUGGAUGCAUUCUUGUAUGCUUUGGUUAAGGGAGGUUUCUUUGAUGCGGCAAUGCAAGUUGUUGAGAAGGCGCAAGAGAUGAAGAUUUUUGUAGAUAAGUGGAGGCAUAAACAAGCAUUCAUGGAGACGCAUAAGAAGCUCAAAGUAGCGAAGCUGAGGAGGAGAAAUUUUAGGAAGAUGGAAGCGCUUAUUGCUUUUAAGAACUGGGCAGGUUUGAAUGUGUAAAAACUGUCGGUGCCUAUUUGCACUUCAGUUGGCUUGUAGUGAAUGUAAAACUGCUAUCAACUCAGCUGGUAAUGAUGUGCUAAUGAGGUGGCACAUGAUACUUGAUCAAGAGAAAAAUGGGUUUUUUCCCUCAAUUCUGCAAUUACAGUUGAGGCCCACUGUUCAGUAAUCUAAGCCAUGGAUUUGGUUGGGCAUAUCAUCUUUUCAUUCCCCAAGAUCGUCUCUAUCACAUGAUCCAGGCUAUCCUAUGAAAAUGGACAAUUACAACCAACUUUCAACAUAAGGAUUGAGUCGGGCUGUUAGGAUCUAUAAUUGGAAGGAUUCUAGGGCAAUUCUGAUCUAUACCGCAGCAUGCCAAUGCAUGGACCGCCAAUAGAUGGGCCCCACACAUACAUUUGUGGGAGCAGCACGAAUGAAUGCGUGGCUUUCCGCUCGAAGUUCUCUUUACUACAGAUCACAGUUUGUCAUGUGCAUGGUGAAAUGACCCUUAUAACUUUUACAAACAUGGCUAGUUUAAAUUAUGGCUUGUGCAGCUCAGUUUGCUUCCGUUGCAAUAUGGAAGUUACCUCAAUUCGCCAUCUUUUAGUAAGUACUGGUUUCAAUAGUAUGGUUGGCAGGAUCAUUGUGGGAGGGUUGUCUGCAAUUUUGGGACCUACAUACAGCAUGCAUGGAUUUCUCUCGAGUAUGGAUCAAAAUUAUUUGUAUUCCUAGUUGACAUAAGAGGAAAAUCUCGUGAAGUCGCAAUACCUUGCUAAUUGAAUUGCUGAAUCUGUUCGAUGCCUGUGGUGAUUGCACGAAGUCAGUAGCUGCUUUGUGGUGAAGGUGAUUGAUUUCACCAAUGGAAGAAUGUUGUGUGCUCUUCAAGAUAUUCGAUUUCAUUUUACGUGAUUUCUCGGCAUGCAUUUUUAAGGCGACUGUUUCACUACUGCAGGUGAGCGAUUGCCAUACAAUAGGAAAAAAAUGUUUGAGGUGGCCCAUAGACACUUUAUUAUGUUUUUAGCUUACCUGGUUUUUGUUGCAUGCAUUUUCAAGUGGGACUAGUUUUCGCUAAUGUAGUUGAAUCUGAAUGACGAGAUGAGAUGUAUCUUUGUAAGUAAAAUGGCCUGUUUACAUACAAAGGAUUCAGAUGGAUAAAGAUCCUUUCUGGUUGCCAAUGAGUAUUGAUGACAUGGAUCCUAGUCAUCAUCCCUCUUGCUGUGUAGUAGGAAGAGGAAUGAUGAUUGGGAUCCCUCCAACCAGCAUUGUCAGUAACUAGAAAAUUUUCAAGUCUUUUGAAUCGUUUGUAUGCAAACAGGGCGUGAACGUCGUAAACCAAUUUGUCUAUGGUACUCAAGCAAAAUAUGGUGGAGAUUUUUCUCCUACACUUUUGUU